AUGGAUCUCCAAGGACAGCCCAUCCCCUCUGGAAAGCGAGGCGCCAAGGUCAAAUCAGAUCAACCACUCCAGGAACCCUCCGGACCCGUUGUGGGCGAUUCCCUCGCCGCCGAAUCCAUCAACCGCGGUGGCUCAUACAGUGAGAACCGCGGCGCCCAACCUCUAGGCGUCACCGGCCAGAACACCACCACAAACACCACCGACACAUCUGCCGCCAGGAAGAUGCCCUCAGCCGCUAGUGCCCGAGACCGCGAUGAUCCCUCCGCACAAGAACCCUACCCGGAGGGUCUCGGCGGCCAAGCAGAGUACCCGGGAGCCCACGUUCCAGAGAGCGGCUACGUUGGCGGGUCAACAGCAGCAAAGAAGGACCUGGGCAUUGGACAAAAGGAAUACCACGCUUCAGAGAAGCUUUCUCAGUCCUCCAACAAGCCCUCCCAAAAGUCGACCGGUGCCAAGGCUAGUGGAAGCGGCGGGUAUCAGACUCGAAGCGCAACUGCUGCGCAGCAGAAACAGCAGCCAUACUCUACUGCCGCUGCUGGUCAGGGCAGUGGAAACCAGGAUGAUUUCCCUGCCGACCCCAAGUACAACGCCAGCUUCAACUCGGAGAUCGGUUCCGAAGAUGACCCUGGCCGUCUAGCUGAGAAAGAGUUCCAGCGCCGGCAGGCUGAGACUGCCGCUGCUGUCACUGCUGCCGCGGUGCCCGCCCACAAAAAGUGUGCCGGUGACGGGUCUUGGUAUGAGCCAUUGAACAGUGACCAACGGGUUUGA